CACAUACCUGGGGCUGCGCUCGCCCGAUAAGCGCCCGAAUGGGGGUGAUGUCACGGUAAUGCAGGCGCCGGCCCACCCUCGCCGAGAGAAAGGAGCCGAGCCCGGGGAGAGGCCAGCGUGAGAGCGAGCGACCAGGCUUGGCCAACACAGCCCCAGUCCGGGGAGAGGCAGGCCCCCGAGCCCCGAGCUCCCUCCCGCCCCGGCCCGGGCACCCUCAGCCAGGGCUGGGCCUGGCCCCGCGCCCUGCACCGCGUCCCUCCCACCUCCGCCCGCGCCUCGCCUGGGGCUGGAGUUGGCCCCAAACCCCGCGCCGGAGCCGGGCCGGCGGCGCGUCCCAGGGACCCCGCGGGAGCCUGGCCUGGGAGCCAGGAUGGCCGUCCGCAGAGCCUUGCUGACAUGCCUGGGGCUGCUGCUCUUCCUGUUCCCGGGGGCGCAGGCCCAGAACCGAGCCCCGCCCGGCUGCAGCCAGGACCUCAACCCCCUCUACUACAACCUGUGUGACCGCUCCGGGGCCUGGGGCAUCGUCUUGGAGGCCGUGGCCGGGGCGGGCGUGGUCACCACCUUCGUCCUCACCAUCGUCCUCGUGGCCAGCCUGCCCUUCGUGCAGGACGUCAAGAAGCGCGGCCUUCUGGGGACCCAGGUGUUCUUCCUGCUGGGGACCCUGGGCCUCUUCUGCCUCGUGUUCGCCUGCGUGGUGAAGCCCGACUUCUCCACCUGCGCCUCCCGGCGGUUCCUCUUCGGGGUCCUGUUCGCCAUCUGCUUCUCCUGCCUGGUGGCCCACGUGUUUGCCCUCAACUUCCUGGCCCGGAAGAACCACGGGCCGCGGGGCUGGGUGGUCUUCGCCGUGGCGCUGCUGCUCACCCUGGUGGAGGUGAUCAUCAACACCGAGUGGCUGAUCAUCACGCUGGUGCGGGCCGCGGGCGAGGACGGCGCCCUGGGCAACGGCAGCGCGGGCGGGGCCGCGGCCUCCCCCUGCGACAUCGCCAACAUGGACUUCGUCAUGGCGCUCAUCUACGUCAUGCUGCUGCUGCUGGCCGCCUUCGCGGGGGCCUGGCCCGCCCUGUGCGGCCGCUUCAAGCGCUGGCGGAAGCACGGGGCCUUCGUGCUGCUCGCCACCGCCACCUCCAUCGCCAUCUGGGUGGUGUGGAUCGUCAUGUACACCUACGGCAACCGGCAGCGCAACAGGCCCGCCUGGGACGACCCCACGCUGGCCAUCGCCCUCGCCGCCAACGCCUGGGCCUUUGUCCUCUUCUACGUCAUCCCCGAGGUGUCCCAGGUGACCAAGGCCAGCCCGGAGCAGAGCUACCAGGGAGACCUGUACCCCACCCGGGGCGUGGGCUACGAGACCAUCCUGAAGGAGCAGAAGGCCCAGAGCAUGUUUGUGGAGAACAAGGCGUUUUCCAUGGACGAGCCAGGCUCCGCCAAGAGACCAGUGUCGCCGUACAGUGGGUAUAAUGGGCAGCUGCUGACCAGUGUGUACCAGCCCACCGAGAUGGCCCUGAUGCACAAAGGCCCGGCCGAGGGACCCUACGACGUCAUCCUCCCACGGGCCACCGCCAACAGCCAGGUGAUGGGCAGUGCCAACUCCACCCUGCGGGCUGAGGACAUGUACGCGGCUCAGAGCCACCGGGCAGCCACGGCCCCGAAAGAUGACGAGAACUCUCAGGCUCAGUCCCCGCAAAGUAAAACGAGAUGGUAGCUGCCCUGCGGCCUGGACUGCACGCCGUCCCGUGUCGUCAGUCCUCUGUCCUGGCUGGUAGGGCCAUGCACCUUUCCCACCCUUGUCACUGGAGCUGGGAGGGCCCGGAGGCCUCCGGUCUGGAGCAAUGGACCAAGUGUGUGUGUGUGGGGGGGGGGGGGGCGGCCGGAGAGGGCUGUGAAACUCGAGGCUUAGGGCUGGGGCUCGAGGGCCACCCCUACCUGCCCUGCCCAGCCUCUCAAGUGACGGAGGCCACAAGGACAAGGAGCCGUCUGCAGACCAGCCUGCCUCCAUCCCCCUCGCGACACCCUCCCCCACAUCACAGCCCGUGUCCUCAUGCGGUGGCUCUGCAGGGCCACCCUCACGUGCCCCUGUCUGCACACGGUGGGCCUCCCCGGCCAGCUCGCUGGUGUCCAGCUUGUCCCUCUGCACCCCGGUGAAUCGAGGCGGGGCUCCGUGAGUCUUUGGAGCCACACCCGGCGGGAGCUGCCCCUGGCCCUUCUCACCGGGGCCGUCACCGAGGGAACCAUGGAAGGCCGCGAGCUGGGGAAGGCGGGGCUCGUUCCAGGCCUGGACAGCUGCGCCUCUUCGUGGCCGGAGGGCCCCGGACCUGAGCCGCGGCGGGCGGUGCUUCACUCCGCGCCCCUCCGCCCGCGACCCUCCUUCCUCACCUUCGAUGAACCGGGUCCCCUGGAGACACAAGAUGGGGCUGGGAACCAGCUGACAGUCCUGGACCACGCGGACGGGGUCUAGGCCUCGUCCAGGACAGACCUGCGGGACUCGGGGAGGCCCCUCGGAUAAGUGGCAUCUGGGGCUGGACACUGCCAUCUCCUGAUGGGCAGGGAAAGGUGCCUCCCUCACCCCGGCACCUCCGGGUGCUGGUGCUGCGCUCCUCACCCAGGAUGCCCAGGGCGUCCUGACGCCACCCGGGGGGUGGGGACCUCCGCGGGGCCUGCGUGAUGCUGGCACCAAGGACGAGGUGCACGGCUCCAGAUUUGUGGGGGUCUCUCUGUAGCAUCGUCCCCCUGCCUUGUCCUGCUCUCUGGUACCAGGCAGCAGGCUCGUCCAAGAGGGGCCUCCCCAGGUGUGCCCCACCUGCAGGUCUCACCCCAGCAUCACCUCUGGGGCCGUGUGCGGGCGAGGACCAGAGCAGCCGAGGUGAGUUGGGUUGUGCGCAACCUCGACAUGCAGUCAGGCCCACAGCUCCAGUGCUGCCCCCUGCUGCCUGCACCUGUGCCUUGUCCCCAGAGUCUCUCCAGAGAGGCAUUGGGGGAGCAGGCCCAGUAGAUGAGAGUAGAGCUGUCCCCCAAGUGUGAUAACACCCCCCCACCCCACCACCACCACCAUUUACCAUCCCUUGUACCGUGCUGUCAGUUCCAAGAAUGGAGUAUAACUUCCCUCUGAGGGAAGAGAAGGGGGGGCUCUGGACCUCAGACGGCUCCUGAUCUAGGUUAGUGGCCCCAGGAUCCCUUACGGUGAACAAAGGGACGGUCCUGCUUUUUGAGGUGAUGGUAUCACGUGAGCCCUCAGCCGCGCCAGGCGGCCAGGGGUAGCAGCCUGCAGUGAAUGUGGGUUUGUUCCUAGUCCGAGUCCCCUGGAGGCCUGCGGGGAGGCGCGGGGAGGGGUGCAGCCUGCCGGGACUCGGGCACGCCCCUGGCCGAGCGGAGAAGAUAGGGAAGCGGUCCAGCUGCAUCGCAAACGAGCCGGGAGGGAAGGGCGCCGGCAUCGGCCCGAACCCGCCGCAGCCGGCACCCGGGGAAAUCUCACAGCCACUGUCAAACUCCAGCUCAAAGCGGAGUCGUUUGGACUUGGUACCUGCUCGGAAUUAAAUGACCUUAUUCCUCUCGGUUUGUGAGGAAUUGCUACCAGCAAUCCCCGUGUGUUCAUGAAGAACUGUUCUGGGCUUUCUUAACAAUAUGUGUUUUU